AUGUCGGCUCCAACGAUCGCUAUCAUCGCGGCUGGUGCGAUGGGUUCUGGUGUAGCCCGUCGCCUGACUUCAGCUGGAGUCGCCGUAUUGACCAAUCUCGACGGUCGCUCACCGGCCACACGCAAACGUGCCGAGGAUGCUGGUAUGCGCGAUACACCGUUCGCGGAACUGCCUCGCGCGUCUAUCAUGCUCUCCAUACUGCCGCCCAGCGAUGCAGAGGCGCUCGCCAAGCGUUAUCUAGAAGCGUGGCACUCGCCUGGGACAGCCAACUCCAAGUCGUCAGAGAGCGGGCCCAUCUAUGUUGACUGUAACGCAGUCAGCCCUAAGACUGUAAAGGAGAUUGCGAGCCUCUUCGAAGGGUCCGGUAUCCGUUUUGUUGAUGCUGGCAUCAUCGGCGGACCGCCUAGUGAAGGCUACGAUCCCACCUUUUACGCAUCUGCGGAUGACGAUGGUGCCUUGGGGAUCUUCAAUAGUCUGGGCCAAUACGGGCUCAAGAUCUCGUCGCUCACUGGCGAAGGGGUUGGCAUCGGCGACGCAUCUGCCCUCAAGAUGUCCUACGCUGGUAUGACGAAGGGCAUCACAGGUCUAAUCGCGACCAUGAUUCUUUCUGCACACGCGUCAUCUCCUGCGACCGCGACUGCUCUCAUGAAGGAACUCCAUUCAUCGCAACCAGCUCUCCUACAGCGUGCUGCGAAGGGCAUACCCAGUAUGAUGCCCAAAGCCUACCGUUGGGUUGGAGAGAUGAAUGAGAUUUCGGAUUUUGUCGGUGGUCCCAUGGGCUCGAUCCACAAGGGCAUGGCUGCUGUAUACGAACGAGUUGAACAGGCUAUCGACGAAGAUAACGAGGACAAGCGGGUCCUGGAUACCUUUGUCAAGGAAGCAAAGGAGCUCUUGAAGAGCGAACCAAAGUAG